AUUAACAAAAUUUUAAAAUAUUUGUCUUCAAUGAACCCUAUAUCCAGACCCAAACACCUGCUAAUUUGGCUAAAGAUCAUCAUUCAGAUACACAUGAGUAAAAUGCUCAGUUAAACCUGAAUAGAUAAUAAAAUUGCCUCUGAAAGGAACCCUAGAAAGGAUCAUUUUGCAGAUGAAGAAAUUGAGAUCCAGAGAAGUGAAAAGGUUCAUCUUUAGUCAGACAGGUAAUAAGAAGAAAUAUUUGAAACUAGGUCCUUUGUUUCCAAAUCCAAUGUUCUUUCAGCUAUGUUAAACAAAUAAUUUUACCUCUUUAUCUCAAUAUUGGGGUGUUAUAAUUAGUAAAUUACCAUAAGAUUGUUUUUUUUUUUUUUUUAGUUAGUCCAGAAAAAAUACCUAAAGGGGCCUAUUAAGGAAUAGACCACUCUUGGAAAAUGGCUAGUUGAGUAUUUGCAAGUCUUAGGACUUCAGGUUCUUUGAGAAUUGAGAAUUCUGUCUUAUGUCACAGAGAGUUCCACUGAGUUCACAAUUAAUGAGACAAUCGGAUAAGAUACACUACUUAGCUCAUUGAGCAGAGUAGAGGAAGGUGGAUAGGUAACACCAGAGCUUUUGAGAGCUUCCCUUUUAGGGAAGGAAAGAAGACUUAAGAGGGUCCUGGAAGUGUCAACAUGAGGGUCCAUGAACUAGAAAACCUGAAGGAUAAGAUCCAGGAGCUAAAAACCAUCAUCAACUUCCAGGAAAAGAGCCGACUUCUGCAAACCAAGGCCUUCGAGGACAAGACCAGCCAAAACAAGGAUCUGAUUCAUAUUCUGCAGAAGAACCUCCGUCAUUUCCAACAAGACUGGACAGUUGCCAAAAGACAUGAUGAAUGGACCAUUACCCGGGCCUGCCAGAAGAACAUACCUUUGAAGUUGGCCACCUGCCGAAGUACUAUGGAGGUAGCCCGAGAAAAGCUGCGUAAGUAUGUAUUUGACCGCGUGAAUGUUCACAAUGUGAUGCUUCACCUGGUUCGGCAGCGAGGGGAGAUGUUGGAAAGCAUGCAGACAGAGCUAGAUCAUUUGCUAGACCAGCAGAACUAUAGCAAAGAAGAACUAAAGCAGCUGCAGAUGAUCCGGCAGUUAGAGAACAAUAUCGAAAAGACAAUGAUCAAGAUCGACACUUGCCAGAACAUCUAUAUGCUCUACAUUCGGUUGUUGGAUUAUCUGAAAAAUGAGCUGGCGCACUACCCACAAGAGCUGGACAAGCUGCAGCACAUGGUGGUCCAGUACCAGAAGGAUCUUACAGACAUGAAUCUGAUGACCCAGGAAGCCAUAAAGUUGACAGAAGAGGCCAAGGUGAACAUGACAGAAAUGGAGACAGCCUUCCUCGCAGAGCGCAGGGCCAGGGAACAAAAGCUCACGCAGCAGAAGAAAAUGAUUGAAAAGAUUCAAUCAGCUAGCAGUGAGAAGCAACGGAGGGGCAGACUAGAAAUGGAAUACACCUCCAACUUGAUGACUCCAGAGCCAGUAAAAGGAAAAAAGCAAAGUUUAUCCAAGUCUGACAUGGAGUACCAAGCAGCUGUGACCCAGAUAGUGGACAAGGUCAAGAAUGCUGUACAGUGCUCUCACCUCUGGGAUAUUGCAGGAAGAUUCCUGGCCCAGAAAAACACACAGGAGAACCUGCUACAGCAGACUGAGGAGUAUGAACAAAAAAGGAAGGAGCUCGAGGCUCAGCUGCAGAAACUGGACCUAGAGCGGGCAGUGCUCAAGUUUCAUCAGAGUCCAGAUGUCAACAAGAUCGACAGCUUUAAGGAUCAAGAGGAGAGAAUGAAGGAGUUGCUGGAAGAGGCAAAGGAAAGGCUCGAGCUGGAAAACCACAAAUUGGUUAAGAGUGAACAACUGCUUCUCAACAUCGAGCUGGGCAUCGACAAUCUGUUCCUUCGCCUAAUAAGCAUCCCAUUGCCCUCAGAGAAAGGAUUCCCUAGUCCUGCUGAUAGCAAAGAUGCCUACAGCAAACUACAAUACUGUGAGAAGAAGCUGAUCCAUCUGAUAGAAAGAACUAAGGAUUAUGUGGACAUAUGCGAAGAGUCUUCCCAGAAAGUGAAAGACUUCCUAGAGGAAACUACUCUACAUCAGAAGCAUAACGUGAGGAUUGCUUUUGAAGAUGCUUAUGAGGAUGAGACAGAGUCCUUCCAAUUUCCUGAUGUGGAGAGCACCUUUGUUCUUUCCCGGGAUGAUAUCAAGAAACAAAGUGAUAAUCUGAUUGAAGCUAAACUCAAAAAUAACAAAAGACCAAAGAAGAAAUAAUGGUACCUUCUUUAGCCUUGAUCCUUUCCUUAAUCCCACAAGGCCCACCAUGUCUAACUUUCUAGCUCACAAUGGACCACCUCCUUUGGUCAGUUUAUUACAAAUAAAUUUUUUUCCAGGAC